GAAAGCAGCGAAUAUCAAAUAAAUAUUUGUAUGGACUUCUUGUUUUGUGGUCUUAUGCAAAAAUGUCCGGUGAUAGACUUGUAUCAGAAACCGGAAGUGUUUUUACGGGAAGAAAAUAAGAAUAAUGAACAAUUCAGAUUCUGUACUCUGGAUAUGGCGCAACUUCUAGUAAUUCCGCCACGCUUACACGUUCUGUCAUCUAAACUUAAACGUGAUCGAGAUAUACAGAAACAGAUAAAUGACAUAGCAAGAAAAGCCAGAACGGCUGCGGAAUCGUUCAAAUCUGCGAUUUCUAAAGAAGGAAGUGCAGUUUUACUUCAGAAAACAUUGUUCAUAACAAGCUCAUCAAACGAUAUCAGUAUUGCAGAUAUGCAACGCGCCUUAAAUGCUGCAACACAAGCGUUGACUGCAACAAGCGACAUUGUUGUCAGCCUGCAAAGAGACAUUCAUAGCAGCAUUGAAAUUUGUAGAGGUCGAAAAGGUCAUUAUGAAUCAGAACUGGACACUAUUCUGUCAAGAAUAUCUAACAUGUGGACUGAAAUAGAAAGUCUUGAGGUCAUUAUCACAAUACAUGAGGAUGAAGCGACAUCAUUAUCUGUAGAGGCAGUGGAACUUAACAAAAGGGUGUACGAUAUGAAGAAAGCUGCCAAAAAGAAGAGAAAACAUGUUGAAACAACUGGUCUCAUUGGCGGAAUUGUUGGACUUGCACUGGCUCCUUUUACAGGUGGAACAAGUUUAGCUCUGGCCACUGCAGCUACAGGUAUUAGUGCUGCGGUUAAUUUGCCCCGCGCUGAUACGUAUGAGAAAACUGCUUCUAGGCUACACAAUGACGCCGAGAGGAAAACAGUAAAGGUUGAAGAACUCACGUCUCAGAAAUCAGAGUUGAUGAAACAAAAAUCUUCUCUUGAAUCUGAAAUGGGACCAGUUCAGUCCAGAACAGAAAGUUUGACAGAGGCAUCUAAUGUCCUUCAGCAAGUGACAAGCUUCCUGCUCCCAACAAUCCAUGCCAUUGAUGUUCUUCUGCAUGCUUUCCAGGACAUGAGCACAGCAAUUGAGGACGCAUCACUACAAAACAAUUCGUUUGAAAUUAUUCGACUUGCGUUUUCAAGCACACCCAAGCGCAUUGAGGGUCGUUCAUCGCCGUACCUCGAUCGGCUUAUGGAAAAAUGGGAACAGUUGGAAGGAAUAUUGCUACAACAUGGAGCUCAGAAUUUUCAGUUGAAGUAAUAAGUAAUCUUUACGGUCAUCAGAUAGAAAACCCAGAGUAACAAAGUUAAAAAGAAUUCUUGACCAUUUCUCUAAUUUUCUGUCCAAAUCAGAGCAUCAUGACAUUGUCACCAUUUGAUUCUAUCUGAUUCUUCGUUUUAAGAGUCGCAAAGAGAAUAUAUUUGAAAUUGAUACAGUCUAUUGAAGUGACUUCUGUUGUAUGUAGAAAAUUGCCCCUUUGACUAUCUUUCAAAUGAAUAUCGUUGGAAAACUCAUGAAUAUUUUUGUGAAAGGGAAAUAAUCAUAUUAUAUACAUGCAAACAUUAGUGCCACUUUGUCUCGUCUGAUAGAUCUUGCUUUCAGCUACUUACACACAAAGGAGAAAUAGUUCUGUCUAUUAGAAUUUUCUUUAUUUUCACCAGUUUUGCAAGACCGGUGUCUUUAUCUGUUAUCAAAACAUGAUUCGUUUGUAUGAUGAUGUUUAACUAUGUCAGAAAUUGUUGAAAUAUUCUGUUGCUACUUAACACAACAAAAUCAACACAGAAUCUUACUGUGUUUAUUAUAUUAUAUAUGCUUUGAUGGAAAACUUUCAAAUGAGUCGUCUCCCUUAAACAUUGCUAUCUCAAAACAUUGCACGACAACCUAUUAUUUUAAUUGCUGAUAUAUGACACUUACAUGUAAUUUCAGUAUACAGGAAAGCUACAUGAAAAUCUGUCUGUUAGAAAAAUACUGCCAUAUGUGCUUUCUAAUAUUUCUUAAUGAGUCAGAAUACUUAAAGAUAAAUAAAAGAAUGGGAUAAUCUU